GUCGCCUCGGUAGCACCUAUCCACCAUGUGAGGCUUUCCGACACGCUACGUAACUUUCAACUUUUACCUCGACAUUAGAGGGUCUAAAGCAAUAUAACCCUAGUGUUAGUUCUCCAAAUAGUUCAAGUAGUUCCUGUGUUUUAGGAAAAUAUGAAGAUGCAACACUCCUUGCUUCCAUUAUUAUUACUCGCCAUCGUAGCAGUUUGUUCAACAAAUGAAAUUCCAAUGAUGAAUCGUCUCGACUUAGAAAAUUUCUUCGAAAACCAAGACAACGAUAAUACAUUAAAUAACAGACUACAAAAUAGAGAUACAAAAAAAAUAAUUUUUAAGCGAUUACACAACCGGCUUCCUCUAUUAAAACCUGAAAUUACAAAUCUGAUUUAUGAAAACAAAGAAGGUAAUGGAGACAGCCACAUUUUACAUGAUCGCAAUUAUAAAGAAUACAAUUUGGACGAUUAUCUAACUCAAGAACUACAGAGAGAAUAUCCGAAGCAGACAAAUAGUAUACCUGUGCAAUUUGAUAGGAAUCCGGAGACGAUUACAUCAUCUAAUCAAAAUGGAUUAGAUAAACAACAUGAGGAGAGCGAUUUUGAGAAAAUUCUUGAUAAUCGUUUAAAUUUUUUUGAUGAUAAACAAAAAUUCGCCCCAUCUAGCCCAUUAUUGGUCUUAAAAAUACGUUUAUCAUAUUUAGCCAAUGAUAUUAUGCCUAAACUUCCAAAAGAUUAUAGAUAUACGGAACUAGUACCGCUUCAUUCAGUAGAUAAAAAUAAAGAAGACGAGGCAUACGAUAAAAUACUGCAAAAUGACCUCGACUCAGCUGUAAAAGUUAAAAGGGAAGAAGCCGAUAAUACCAAUGAAGCGGAAACGGAUACGGACAAGAAUAAAAAGAUAAAGAAGAGGAUAUUUUCACUUUGGAGCAGAUUACAAGGUCUCCACAGGGGACACGAGUUGCACCAUCGCAGGCAUUUACACGCAUUCUACGGCCUUCCCGACGACGGCGGCGGCGGCGGCGACGGUGGCGCCCUCACAGCCGAGACACGAGCGACCUUCCUGCGACCACCCGGUUCACCCUUAAGAUGGGGUUAAUUAAUGAGUUCCCAGACCAAUAGAACCUCAUUAUAUUUUAACAUAAGUAUCCAUAUAUUGGACGGUACACGGAGUAGGCGUAACAAGCUGAAUAGUACAAUAAUUUGAAGAAGGUUUUAUCCCGAAUAUUGACAGUAUGUACCAACUGUUAUAUUCCUCAAGUUUUGAAUUUUUUAUGGACAUUUUCAAAUAUAGAUUAUAAGACCCUUGUAUAUUUUUAUGUAUCGCUUAAUAUAAGGUAAAUAUUAAGACCAAUGUUCCAAGCAAUUUAAAUGACGAAAAAAAAUAUUUCUCAUGUUUUCCCAUAUAAGUUAUAUAUUUAGUUAACAGUUAAGUUUAUAGUUGUAAAUAUUUUACAGAAAGUAAAUCCGACCUAUUAUAAUAGACUUGAAUAUGUUUUAAUGUCUUAUAAUUACACAUUAAUUAGUUAAUUUCCUUAUUUUAUAAGUUUGCUCAAAUAAGUUGUAAAUGUUAAUAGCUUCCUUGAAAAUUGAUUAAGUUUUAACAGAUUUAUAUUAGAAGAUAUUCUGGUAUUCUAUACCUAUAUUAUAAAGGUUUCCUAUUAAAUAAUUAUACUUACUCGUAUCUAGAUAAACACAAAUAAUCAUCUUAUAAUAAUAUCGAUAAAUAUAUCUAUACUGUGAACUAUGACUCUAUAAUAAUAUGUGUAAAUAAAACAAAGC